GCUAUCUCAUUUCCAAUAUCCCAACUUCAUAAUGGCACCGGUAGCGACAAACGAGAGUAACCAGCGCGACACUUUGAAGAAUCUCAAGAGCAAUAUUGACACUCGAUUGAUCAACCCGUUUUACUCUCCGUCUUCUGGAGACGACGACGAUCAAUCAUACCAGUAUGCCAAAUAUAAACCUUACUUCCCAGCGGUUGACUGGGAACCACUUGGUGAAGUGGAAGUGAUCGACCGCGGGCUCUCUGCAGACCCUGCGAAGAAGAGUCUUCUCGCUGUAGGAAAAGUCAAGCACUUGACUCCUGCAAUCGGGACUGAGAUUAUGGGGAUAGACCUCAGGCAAUUAUCUAGCACACAGAAGGACGAACUUGCGCUUCUCGUUGCAGAGAGGGGAGUUGUGUUCUUCAGAGACCAGGAAAUUGAUAUCCACGAACAGCUUGACCUUGCGAGGCACUUCGGACCACUGCAUAAACAUGCGACCACCCCUAUACCAAAAGAGCCUGGUCUUGAGGAAGUCCAUGUCGUAUAUAAUGACGCUGCGCGUCGUCCGGAUGCUAGUGCAUUCUCCAAAUUGGAGCUAUGGCAUAGCGACGUGACCUAUGAAAUACAGCCUCCUAGCACUACCUCUUUGAAGGUCAUUACUGGACCAGAGUACGGAGGUGACACUUUAUGGAGCUCAGGCUAUGCCUUAUAUUCUUCCCUAAGUCAUGGUUUGCAGACCUAUCUUGAAGGCUUGACAGCGCUGCAUAGUGCUGUUGCCCAAGCUGAUGGUGCCCGAGCUGCUGGUCUCCAUGUUCGACGAGAACCUGUUGAGUCUAUUCAUCCCGUUGUACGCGUACACCCUGCCACAGGAUGGAAGAGCGUGUACGUCAACCCCGGGUUCACGCGAAGGAUUAUCGGUGUACCCAAAGUCGAGUCCGACACUAUCCUGAACUUCCUUUUCCGUCAAAUCAGCGAGAACCCAGACUUUCAAGUCCGAUUCCAGUGGGAGCCCAAUUCUAUCGCGUUCUGGGAUAACCGAAUUGUUACACAUUCUGCCACGUUUGACUUUUGGCCUCAAACACGCCAUGCUCUUAGAGCGACUCCACACGGAGAAAAACCCGAAUCCGUCGGGGACUAUGAAAGACGCACGGGCAAAGCUGCGAAAGACCGCCAAAUCGAGAUCUGGAAAGAGCAAGGUGUGGAGCUGCCCAAGUCGAAGAACGGUGUAUCUGGGCCGCGAGGUUAUAAUGACUAACAUAGAUACCGAGAACUCUAGUAUGGAACUGAAAGCUUGUAAAUUACUCUUCUUUGAUGUAUAGUAUUGAAAUGCAAGGCCAC